UGUCAUACGCCGAUCAGCGUAGGGAAUCCUCCAUUAUUGUCUCGCUUUCAACAUUAUUUUUUUAUAUCCGAAAGAGACACUUCAUUAUCGGAGGAAAGAUAAAUGACCAGUAAUUUAUUUUUUCGGUAUUUUUUAUUGUAUGUGGGUUUAGCUAAGGAUUUUUGUUAAUCUUCUGUCGGUCAGUGGGGUUUUGUGGGCGCGGCCGCUUGAGAUUAGACACGGAAAUAUUUAAAAUCUUUAGUUUAACGUUGUCGAUCAUCUUUAUUAACUCAAUACCUACAUCAAUAUGAAGACGAUCACUUUACUCUCCAUUAUCUCUUUAUUUAUUAUGGGUGUUGUGACAGGUGAGCCAGUAUCCGUGAUGGUGGGUGAUACGGUCACACUAUACACUGGUAUUGUAAUAAAGAGUCAAGAUGUGAUAGAGUGGAGGUUUGGAGUUGAACAGGAUCUCAUAGCUAAAAUUAACAGAGAAGCCAAAACAGAAAAAUUAUUUAAUGGCACUGAUGGGAGAUUCAUAAACAGACUGAAGAUGAACAGUCAGACUGGAGAUCUCACCAUCACAAACAUCACAACUCAACUAACUGGACUUUAUAAUCUAGACAUCACUGGACAGACGGUUACAACAAAACCAUUCAAUGUUAGUUUGUGUGCAGGUGUGUUUGGUGAUGAAGUGAAGCCAGUGUCGUUGUUGGAGGGAGAUUCUGUUACUCUACACACUGAGAUUACUGAUAUCAAGAAAUACGAUGUGAUACGAUGGAGAUUUCUUCAUGAAAACUCUCCUCUAGCUGAAUUUAACAGAAAGGCUGGAAACCCUCCUAAAUAUGUUUCUGAUGGGAGAUUCAGAGACAAACUGCAGCUGGAUGUUCAGACUGGAUCUCUCAACAUCAAGAACAUCAGAAGGAAUCACUCUGGACUUUAUGAAGUAGAUAUCAGUAGCAGCAGUUAUACCAUUCAUCAGCCAUUCACAGUUACUGUCUCUGGGGAAGUGAAGUCAGUGUCAGUGAUGGAGGGUGAAUCUGUUACUCUAUACACUGAUACUAAACUACAGAGAGAUGAUGAGAUCGAGUGGAGAUUUGGACCUCAAGAGGCUCUCAUAGCUAAAAUCAAUAAAGCAGCUAAUGUGAACUCAAUAUUUCAUGAUGUUUUUGAUUGGAGAUUCAGAGACAGACUGAGACUGAAUAACCAGACUGGAGAUCUCAACAUCACAAACAUCACAACUGAAAAGUUUGGGCUUUAUGAACUGAAGAUGAACAGCAGAAAACGAUCCAUUUACAGGAAAUUCAUAGUUAAUGUUAGUGAACGAGAGAAAAAAGAACGAUCUUCAGGUCUGUCUAUAGGUGCUAUAAUAGGAUUUUGUGUUCUUGCCUUCCUUUCUGUUGCUGGUAUUGUUGGUGUGAUCAUUUGGUGUCACCACCGGUUCCCCAAAGCAAAAACACCAGUGGUGAUAGAGGGAGAGGAAGUCAUACUACACACUGAUCUUACUAGACUACAUAAAAAUCUUGAGAUAAAGUGGAAGUUUGGAGAUCAAAAAACUCUCAUAGCUGAGAUGAGGAGAUCCAACAUCACAAUAUAUGAUGAUGUUCUUAAUGGGAUAUUCAGAGGCAGACUGGCACUGAGAGAGUCUGGAUCUCUCGUCAUCAGUGAAACCAGAACUACAGACGCUGGACUUUAUCAACUUAAAAUCACCAGCGGCAGAAAAACAUAUAAGAGAUUCAGGCUAACUGUAACAGGUCAAAACUCAGUGGAAAUGUCUUUGUUGAAUGGAAAUCUUCAGCAACAGUGAUGUUUCUCCACUUUAACACUGAUGUGGUACAUGUCUCGCAUAACACAGGCAAUGGAGAGCACCAAAACAAUGUGCAUAAAACUAAGUUGUGUAAGUACAACGACGAUGAAACAAGCUUCUUGAAAAAAAGCUUGUGAUUGUAUUGUGUAGUAGUUUAAAAUUCUAUAUAUCAAAAGACUCCGCCCCCCUGACCUAGUAUGUGUAUAACUGCUAUAAAUAAUAUGCCAAAAACAGUGUUUUAGAUUAGUCAAGUGCAUUUGUGUUUAAAUUUAUGUUUUUUAUUUUGCUUACACUAGUGACAUGUUUGUUUACAGUGUGACCGACAUGUUCAGGAACUAGUCAUAUAUACAUUUUUAAGCUGUGAAUGUUACAGUAUUGUGUGUUUCAUGUUACAAACUUAUUUCAGUUUUUCAUGUCUUGCCGGUUUUAAAAGUAGAUCACUACACAAAAUACUUUUUGACCAUUCUUCUAAAAGCGUAUUUGUAAGGUCAGACACUGAUGUUGGACGAGAAGGCAUUACUCGUAGUCUCCGCUCUAAUUCAUCCCAAAGAUGUUUUAUUGGGUUAAGGUCAGGACUUUGUGCAGGCCAGUCAAGUUCCUCUACACCAAAGUUGCUCAUCCAGGUCUUUAUGGAGCUUGCUUUGUUCACUGGUGCACAGGUAUGUUGGAACAGAAAGGGGCCAUCCUCAAACUGUUCCCACAAAGUUGGUAGCAUGAAAUUGGCCAAAAUGUCUUGGUAUGAUGAAGCAUUAAGAGUUCCUUUCACAAGAGUUCCUUUCACUGGUUUCUUUGUAUUAAAGAGAAAUGUACUUGAUGGGGGAGAUGUGUGUUCCAUAGACAUUUCAAUGUGGUGCGUCUUUUAUGUUUUUGUAUUUCUUUGCAUUUUCAAUAAAAAAACUUCUUAAUUCAAAGCUUUUUAAAAAUCUAGUUUUUUAAAAUCUAAUAAAGGCACUAAUAAAGUGUCAUGAACGAUUUAAUUUUACUC